AUGCCAAUAGACAUACUAGGUACAGCCAUAUAUGAGGGACCGGAAGCAAUUCCAGGAUGGGAGUAUAUCAAGACUUAUACUCCAGCAAUUAUGGCCCUUGCAGGUAUUAAGUACUACUUUGGUGGAACUUCAAAUACUUGGGAAAGAGAUUAUCAUGGAAAGGUAUAUAUCAUGACUGGAGCUACUUCUGGAUUGGGUGCAAAUCUUGCGUAUGAACUUGCAAGUAAGGGAGCACAACUUAUUCUCUUGGUGAGAUCUACCGAAGACAGUUGGCUCGUAGACUAUAUUGAAGACUUGAGAGAGAGAACGGAUAACUUUAUGAUUUAUGCUGAAGAAUGUGAUUUGAAUUCGUUAUAUUCUAUAAGAAAAUUUGCCACGAAAUGGUUGGAUAAUCAACCCCCAAGAAGAUUGGACGGUGUGAUAUGCUGCGCCGCUGAAUCUAUUCCUAUUGGAAAGGCAAGACAAGUUACGGUGGAUGGUGUUGAGAAGCAAAUGGGAAUCAAUUACUUAGCACAUUUCCAUUUGUUGACGUUACUUUCUCCUGCUUUGAAAAUACAGCUUCCGGACAGGGACGUUAGGAUUGUGAUGGCCACUUGUGUAUCUCAAGCCUUAGGGGACCUCGAUAUGAAGGAUGCUUUGUGGUUAAAUAGACGUUAUCCUACUAGAGAACCCUGGAAGUUAUACGGUACAUCCAAAUUAAUGUUGACGAUGUUUGCCAAAGAAUUCCAGAGAAGAUUGAAUAGCUUUGAGAGAAAGGACAAGGCUCCUUGUAACGUCAGAGUCAACAUGGUCAACCCCGGAAUCAUGAGAACUCCAUCCACAAGAAGAUUUUUAUCGAUGGGAGCGAUUUGGGGACUUUUGGUCUAUUUCGUUUUGUUCCCAAUAUUCUGGAUCUUUUUCAAAAGCACCACUCAAGGAGCCCAGUCGUUCUUGUACGCGUUGGCUGCGCCCGUGUUUAAAAACCUCGACGGUGGAAAUGUUAUCCAAGAAUGCAAAAUAUUAAAGCCGGCCCGUAAAGAGCUUAGCGACGAAGACCUCCAAAAGGCCUUGUACGAUGAGACUGAAAAGCUCCUUGAAGCAUUGGAAAAGAGCUCGGCUAUCGAGAGAAAAAGACAGGAAAAAAUUCAAGAGUCUAAAAUGCCCUUAGCAGAUAAAUUGAGAGCCCAAAACGAAGAAUCCAGGAAAAAAGCUGAUAUCCACACCAAGCCCGAAAGCCCAGAAGAGUUGCAAGCGAAGCUCGCAUCCCUCAAAAGACUGAUUGGAAUUCCAUCAGACGCUAACGAUGAAUUGCCAUUAUUUCCAUCCCAACCCAAUUCAUCUCAAUCUGAAUCUCGGGCCGAAAAUUUAUCGACUACAAAAUCUACCCCUAAAUCAAAAUCUAAGGCUAAAAAAUCCAAGUCUAAAAAGAUAGAUUAG